AUGAUUGGUGGCCCAAGACGACGGCAUCAGUCGCAAGUUGAAGUCGUCGUUGAAGGAGAGUCUUUUCGACAACAAAGGAAAUCACAACAGCGUGAUGCAUCACACGAAGAAAUCUACAAGGAUCGUGAUGUGAUGAGGGUUCGAACCUACGUCCGAGAGGAUUCCAGACGCGCCCUAAGCAACUGUGCCAUGACAUGGGCUCCUCCUGCUGGUGGUCAACGGCUCCUACCACAUGCCCCUCUCUACUACAGACACGGCCAAGGUUCCUGCUGCAGGCGGCGGCCAAGGUUCCUCCUACUUCAGGCGGCGGCCAAGGUUCCUGCUGCAGGCGGCGGCCAAGGUUCCUGCUGCAGGCGGCGGUCAAGGUUCCUCCUACUUCAGGCGGCGGCCAAGGUUCCUGCUGCAGGCGGCGGCCAAGGUUCCUCCUACUUCAGGCGGCGGCCAAGGUUCCUGCUGCAGGCGGCGGCCAAGGUUCCUCCUACUUCAGGCGGCGGCCAAGGUUCCUGCUGCAGGCGGCGGCCAAGGUUCCUCCUACUUCAGGCGGCGGCCAAGGUUCCUCCUACUUCAGGCGGCGGCCAAGGUUCCUACUUCAGGCGGCGGCCAAGGUUCCUCCUACUUCAAGCGGCGGCCAAGGUUCCUACUUCAGGCGGCGGCCAAGGUUCCUCCUACUUCAGGCGGCGGCCAAGGUUCCUGCUGCAGGCGGCGGCCAAGGUUCCUCCUACUUCAGGCGGCAGCCAAGGUUCCUCCUACUUCAGGCGGCGGCCAAGGUUCCUCCUACUUCAGGCGGCGGCCAAGGUUCCUGCUGCAGGCGGCGGCCAAGGUUCCUCCUACUUCAGGCGGUGGCCAAGGUUCCUCCUACUUCAGGCGGCGGCCAAGGUUCCUCCUACUUCAGGCGGCGGCCAAGGUUCCUGCUGCAGGCGGCGGCCAAGGUUCCUCCUACUUCAGGCGGCGGCCAAGGUUCCUGCUGCAGGCGGCGGCCAAGAUUCCUCCUACUUCAGGCGGCGGCCAAGGUUCCUCCUAUUUCAGGCGGCGGCCAAGGUUCCUCCUACUUCAGGCGGCGGCCAAGGUUCCUGCUGCAGGCGGCGGCCAAGGUUCCUCCUACUUCAGGCGGCGGCCAAGGUUCCUACUUCAGGCGGCGGCCAAGGUUCCUCCUACUUCAAGCGGCGGCCAAGGUUCCUACUUCAGGCGGCGGCCAAGGUUCCUCUUACUUCAGGCGGCGGCCAAGGUUCCUACUUCAGGCGGCGGCCAAGGUUCCUCCUACUUCAGGCGGCGGCCAAGGUUCCUGCUGCAGGCGGCGGCCAAGGCUCCUCCUACUUCAGGCGGCGGCCAAGGUUCCUGCUGCAGGCGGCGGCCAAGGUUCCUGCUGCAGGCGGCGGCCAAGGUUCCUCCUACUUCAGGCGGUGGCCAAGGUUCCUCCUACUUCAGGCGGCGGCCAAGGUUCCUCCUACUUCAGGCGGCGGCCAAGGUUCCUCCUACUUCAGGCGGCGGCCAAGGUUCCUGCUGCAGGCGGCGGCCAAGGUUCCUCCUACUUCAGGCGGCGGCCAAGGUUCCUGCUGCAGGCGGCGGCCAAGGUUCCUCCUACUUCAGGCGGCGGCCAAGGUUCCUACUUCAGGCGGCGGCCAAGGUUCCUCCUACUUCAGGCGGCGGCCAAGGUUCCUACUUCAGGCGGCGGCCAAGGUUCCUGCUGCAGGCUGCGGCCAAGGUUCCUGCUGCAGGCGGCGGCCAAGGUUCCUCCUACUUCAGGCGGCGGCCAAGGUUCCUGCUGCAGGCGGCGGCCAAGGUUCCUGCUGCAGGCUGCGGCCAAGGUUCCUGCUGCAGGCUGCGGCCAAGGUUCCUGCUGCAGGCGGCGGCCAAGGUUCCUCCUACUUCAGGCGGCGGCCAAGGUUCCUCCUACUUCAGGCGGUGGCCAAGGUUCCUGCUGCAGGCGGCGGCCAAGGUUCCUGCUGCAGGCGGCGGCCAAGGUUCCUCCUACUUCAGGCGGCGGCCAAGGUUCCUCCUACUUCAGGCGGCGGCCAAGGUUCCUCCUACUUCAGGCGGCGGCCAAGGUUCCUCCUACUUCAGGCGGCGGCCAAGGUUCCUACUUCAGGCGGCGGCCAAGGUUCCUGCUGCAGGCGGCGGCCAAGGUUCCUCCUACUUCAGGCGGCGGCCAAGGUUCCUACUUCAGGCGGCGGCCAAGGUUCCUCCUACUUCAGGCGGCGGCCAAGGUUCCUCCUACUUCAGGCGGCGGCCAAGGUUCCUCCUACUUCAGGCGGCGGCCAAGGUUCCUGCUGCAGGCGGCGGCCAAGGUUCCUGCUGCAGGCGGCGGCCAAGGUUCCUCCUACUUCAGGCGGCGGCCAAGGUUCCUACUUCAGGCGGCGGCCAAGGUUCCUCCUACUUCAGGCGGCGGCCAAGGUUCCUACUUCAGGCGGCGGCCAAGGUUCCUCCUACUUCAGGCGGCGGCCAAGGUUCCUGCUGCAGGCGGCGGCCAAGGUUCCUGCUGCAGGCGGCGGCCAAGGUUCCUCCUACUUCAGGCGGCGGCCAAGGUUCCUACUUCAGGCGGCGGCCAAGGUUCCUCCUACUUCAGGCGGCGGCCAAGGUUCCUACUUCAGGCGGCGGCCAAGGUUCCUCCUACUUCAGGCGGCGGCCAAGGUUCCUACUUCAGGCGGCGGCCAAGGUUCCUACUUCAGGCGGCGGCCAAGGUUCCUCCUACUUCAGGCGGCGGCCAAGGUUCCUACUUCACGCGGCGGCCAAGGUUCCUACUUCAGGCGGCGGCCAAGGUUCCUACUUCAGGCGGCGGCCAAGGUUCCUCCUACUUCAGGCGGCGGCCAAGGUUCCUACUUCAGGCGGCGGCCAAGGUUCCUCCUACUUCAGGCGACGGCCAAGGUUCCUCCUACUUUAGGCGGCGGCCAAGGUUCCUCCUACUUCAGGCGGCGGCCAAGGUUCCUCCUACUUCAGGCGGCGGCCAAGGUUCCUCCUACUUCAGGCGGCGGCCAAGGUUCCUGCUGCAGGCGGCGGCCAAGGUUCCUGCUGCAGGCGGCGGCCAAGGUUCCUCCUACUUCAGGCGGCGGCCAAGGUUCCUACUUCAGGCGGCGGCCAAGGUUCCUCCUACUUCAAGCGGCGGCCAAGGUUCCUACUUCAGGCGGCGGCCAAGGUUCCUCCUACUUCAGGCGGCGGCCAAGGUUCCUGCUGCAGGCGGCGGCCAAGGUUCCUGCUGCAGGCGGCGGCCAAGGUUCCUACUUCAGGCGGCGGCCAAGGUUCCUCCUACUUCAGGCGGCGGCCAAGGUUCCUACUUCAGGCGGCGGCCAAGGUUCCUCCUACUUCAAGCGGCGGCCAAGGUUCCUACUUCAGGCGGCGGCCAAGGUUCCUCCUACUUCAGGCGGCGGCCAAGGUUCCUGCUGCAGGCGGCGGCCAAGGUUCCUCCUACUUCAGGCGGCGGCCAAGGUUCCUGCUGCAGGCGGCGGCCAAGGUUCCUCCUACUUCAGGCGGCGGCCAAGGUUCCUCCUACUUCAGGCGGCGGCCAAGGUUCCUCCUACUUCAGGCGACGGCCAAGGUUCCUCCUACUUUAGGCGGCGGCCAAGGUUCCUCCUACUUCAGGCGGCGGCCAAGGUUCCUCCUACUUCAGGCGGCUGCCAAGGUUCCUACUUCAGGCGGCGGCCAAGGUUCCUACUUCAGGCGGCGGCCAAGGUUCCUACUUCAGGCGGCGGCCAAAGUUCCUACUUCAGGCGGCGGCCAAGGUUCCCGCAGCGGCUAGGCUUCAGCAGUGGGCGAGGCCUCGCGCCACCCGAGGCUCGGGGUAUCCCGGAUGUCGCGCCACUCUGCAAAAACUGGAUGGGAUAA